CCCGCGUGAGGAUCACUACUGCUGAUCGUCAAAGCAAGCUACAAGCGCUGUUAAAACCCAACACUCGCUUGUCUUCUGUGACUCUGGUCUUCUGCUGAUCGUACAUUACUCAUUCGAGCUCGAACCAAAACCUCUCUUGUCUUCCCAUCAUCAUGUCUUCAGCAAUUUUUGCAUCAAAAAGCGCAAGCCUUGGUUUGAAGGGUGCCCGCCAGGCAUCAUCAUGGGCAAACAGAACCAUGGCUGCAAGACCCAAGGUUGCCAGCAAUGAUCUCGGAUCAAGAAGCAACCUGCUUGGCGAGACUCGCGCAAAGAAACUCGCGCAGCCAAUGAAGCAUAAGUCGGUAUCGAGGCACAAUGAUGACGAGAUCUCGACAUUCGCAGCUGUCUCAGCGUCUUUUGCCGUACUUGCUGCCUUGAGUGGAGUGACAAAAGUCUCCUCUGACAUGAGGAGUAGCUUAUAGCUAUAGAUUUGUUACCAGGAGGAUCCACUUGUUAAGGAUCUUUCCCUUGGAUUCCUUGUAGAGUAAUUUAUUGUUUUUAUUCAAUCUUACCAAGUGCAAUAAAUCUUGUCUGUUUGAAA